AUGGAAAAACUCUCCUCCAAGAACGACAGCCGAAGAUGGACCUUGGAACUAACUCCAAGGCGCUUGCUUGCCCAUAGAAUCGGGAAACUGGAAAUUACGUUUCUGGGAAGUGGCAUGAACAUGGAUUCUUUUGGUGAUCAGGACAGACUUGUUGUUGAAAACCAUCAUUCAAACUUGAGCAAAACCGUGGUCAAUUUGUAA